UUCCGUGUUGAAGAUGGCGGAUGAGAAUGAGACAGCACCGAUGCCGGAGAACGAAGAUGUAGAAGACCACGGACACUGCAGCGACUGUGAAAAUGACGAGCACCACUUUGACGAUGGUGACAAGGGUGAAGACUCUGGCACCAAGAAGAAGAAAAAGAAGCAGAAAAAGAAGAAAAAAUCUGGUGCAACAGAAGGAGCUCAGGACCCUCUCGCCAAGGUGAACUCUUUGCCAGCGGAUAAGCUACAAGAGAUCCAAAAGGCCAUCGAAUUGUUCUCUGUCGGCCAAGGCCCUGCCAAAACCAUGGAGGAAGCAACUAGAAGGAGCUACCAGUUUUGGGACACGCAACCUGUGCCCAAGCUAGGGGAGACAGUGACUUCACACGGCUGCAUUGAACCUGACAAAGACCAGAUCCGAGAGGAGCCCUACAGCCUCCCACAAGGCUUCUGCUGGGACACUCUGGAUUUGGGCGACCCUGGAGUGCUUAAAGAGCUUUACACACUUCUGAAUGAGAACUACGUAGAAGACGAUGACAACAUGUUUCGCUUUGACUACUCCCCCGAGUUCCUGCUCUGGGCUUUGCGGCCUCCCGGUUGGUUGCCCCAAUGGCAUUGUGGGGUGCGGGUAAACUCUAACCAAAAACUGGUCGGCUUCAUCAGUGCCAUCCCGGCUAAUAUACGUAUCUAUGACAUAGAAAAGAAAAUGGUGGAGAUAAACUUCCUUUGCGUCCAUAAGAAGCUUCGGUCCAAACGCGUGGCUCCGGUGCUGAUCCGAGAGAUCACCAGACGAGUGAAUCGUGAGGGCAUCUUUCAGGCGGUGUACACAGCUGGAGUGGUACUGCCCAAACCCGUCGGCACAUGCAGGUACUGGCAUCGCUCUUUGAACCCCCGAAAGCUCAUCGAGGUGAAGUUUUCUCAUCUGAGCAGAAACAUGACUAUGCAGCGCACCAUGAAGUUGUACCGUCUGCCUGAGGCCCCAAAGACGUCAGGUCUGAGGCCCAUGACCAAAAAGGACGUGCCGGUGGUGCAUCGCCUGUUGAACGAGUAUCUGAGUCAGUUUAACCUGGUGCCUGUGAUGAACCAGGAGGAGGUGUCCCAUUGGCUGCUGCCCCGAGAGAACAUCAUAGACACUUUCUUAGUCGAGAACAAUGGCAAAGUGACUGAUUUCCUGAGUUUCUACACACUGCCCUCCACCAUCAUGAACCACCCUGUGCACCGCAGCCUGAAGGCCGCCUACUCCUUCUACAACGUGCACACCACCACCCCACUGCUCGACCUCAUGUCCGACGCCCUCAUCCUGGCCAAAUCGAAAGGAUUCGAUGUCUUCAAUGCACUGGAUUUAAUGGAAAAUAAGACUUUCUUGGAGAAGCUUAAGUUUGGAAUUGGAGAUGGCAAUCUACAGUAUUAUCUGUACAAUUGGAAGUGUCCCAGCAUGGGAUCAGAAAAGGUUGGCUUGGUACUGCAGUGAUAUUAUCGGCCAUGAACAGUGUAAACCCAGGAGACGGCCCCAUUACUGUCCCACUGCGCAGAUGACUGACACUUCUGGUUCAUGAGAAAGCAUCCAUCUAUUCUCUUUUUUUACUUUUUGAACUUUGUCCUGCACUACCGCUGCCAGCCAGAGGGGGGCGUCUUCUCCGCCUCUCCUCUGAAUCACAUGGACCUUAAGCCAUUGUAGUUACCAUCCCGUUCAACUGUAUUACAAAUGAAAGCUGAUUUGAUUGUACCACAUAACAUAGCAUAAUACAGAAAGACAUAAGGUUUGCACUGAUCAUUCUUAUACACUGUUGGCUGAAUCCUAUCUGUGUACAUAUACAAGACACUGCAAUCCUAACAGGUACAAAACACUUCUAAAUGUUGGAAAUGCUUUUCAAAACUCAAGUCUAGCGUCCGGUUUUAGAAAAAAAUCAAAUGAAAUAAACAUUUUUAAAAACAACGCAAAAUGAAAUGGGGUUAUGAGUAAAUGCCAAAACGAUAAGGGCUUUUGUUACAUUUCAUAUUACGGUUAAUAAUUUACUUUAGGUGUGGGCAAUAUGGCAGUAACCCAGUGUUUCCCAUCAGUUUAUACAGAGGCUACGGUGGCAUAAGCGGUCCAUAUUUUCAUCAUUUUAUUCAAUACAAUAUGUCAGAUACAGUGAUGGGAAGAAUACUUUGAGAAUGUUUUUAGUAUACUGAAUACCUGUUUUUGUAUUCUGAUACAUAGGCCAACCAGAGUACUGUAUUCUGAGUACUUGGAUUACUUUCACUUCGAGUUAUAUUUAAAUUAGAAUAAGAGUAAUAACACCACAUAGGAUUAAAAACGGCUUUCAGUUUGUUAUGCAGUCAUUUAUCACUGAUCCGAGAAGUUAAAAUCACACAUCCCUGCACGACAAAAGCAGUGUUUUUUGUUUUGUUUUUUUGUCUCAUUCUGUGCAGUUUGAAGACCAAAUUGUGCGAUGAGAUACUACCAUGUAUUCCUUUGAAUUAAGAAAAAUAUUCUGAGUACCACCAAAUGAAAAAGUACUUGUACGGAAUAGAAUUAUUCAAAAUUAUUAUUCAGAUUACUUAUUCUCUUGUACAUAUAAUCAGCUACUUCCCAACACUGAUCAGGUAUGUCCAAACUAUGGCUUAGGGGCUUAUAAAUGCACAUAUUUCAAUGAUUUAUUGUACUGAACACCAGUGUAUGGCGCUCCGUCAGUCUUCUGCAUCGUCUGUGUUUUGAUAUAUGUGACCCUUGAUGAAAAAACACUUGGACACUUUGCAAUAUACUGUAUGGAGAAUAAGUCUUAAUUUAUCAGAAGAGCCAAAAAAAUUUAUAUAUAAAUAUAUAAUAUUUAUUUAAAUAUAUGAAGUACAAUUUAUUUUGCCAGUUUUUUGUUCAAAUUAUUUUUAGACUUUGAAGGGCCACCGUAGUCUCAUAUUAAUGGGAAACACUGAUAGCCUAUUAAUGAAAUUUUCAGCCUUCUUUUUAUUAUUUUGUCAGUUUUUUUUAAAGACAGAAUGAGCAAAAACUACAUAUUUUGUCUUUAAAAAAAGAACACACAAAAUUAAGAUAUGAUAAUAUAAUACCAUAUUGUUUUAGAAAUGUGAUUCUGUUUUGGUUAUAUUAUAACACAGUUCGUUGCUUUUCUAUUUAAGGUAUCUUAAUGCCAAACACAGCCAAUUUUCCCCACACUCUCCUCCUAUUGAUCAGCCUUUCAUCCUCUGAGGGCUUGGCUUUGGUUAAAGAUAUAAUUAAGAUAUUAAAGGUGCAUCAUGUAAUUUUUCUGGUGGAGGUUCCAGUCUGGCAUCUGCAAGUCUCAUGAAAAUGUUAUUGCUUGGCCUGGAAUGUUUCACAGUACGAUGUAAACUUGCGUAUCUUUCAUGUAUUUAAUUACAUAUGUUUUUAUAUUGCCAGAAGAUACUUGGUUUGCUGGAGUCACUUGCUUGUCUCCAUGGAGAUUUUGUGGAACAUUCCUGGCAAAACAAUAACAUAUCUAUAGAAAAUAUAUAAGAUUUUGGACUCUUUUACACAAAAGCGUACAUGGUGCCCCUUUAAUUAAGUACAUGUUUUGGAAUUAUUGUCAAGUCUCUUUGAACAUACAUUUUCUUGUCAUAUCGCCCAACCCUAGUAUUUUUUUGUUUCUAAUUUCCACCCCGUAUUCAGUAUCAUUCAUACAUUUUACACUGCUACAUUUGUUAGCGCUGUUUUAUUUCAUUUCUCAUUAGGAUUACUGCACUAACAGAAGAAGCGUGAUUUAGACAAUAAUGAAAUACUGACUGUUAAUAAUAAACCAGUUCAGUCUAUGACCUGAAUCAGAGUUGGGCCUUUUAAUCCACCACAAAGAUGGACUUUACUUGAAGGUUUUCUCAGUAAAGACUUGGCUGUUUUGGUUAUACUGGACCUAGUUUCAAUUUCCACUUCUUUUACUCAUUAGUGAGUUAAUGCAAAAUAUAUAUGGAGCAAAAUUCAUAUUUAAGUUUGAGAUUUAAACACCGUUGGAAUAAUUUAUUAAUGUAAAGAUGCACUGUGUGACUUUUCUGGUGUGGGCUCAUCUCCAUGGAGAUGCUAUUGCUUUCCUGUAGUGUUCCACAGAUAGGUGUUAAUCUCUCCAUAAUAAAGUAAAUGAUAAAAUGUCAUAGAAACAAGUAUAUGGUGGACCCAACACCAGAAAUGUUACACGGUUUGUAUUUAAUCAGGUUCAGAUUUAGUUAUAGUUGUGGAUUUUGACACUUUGUCCCUAUGAAAUACAUUUGCAGGACAUUGUGAACUGAAGUUGUUUCUUAAUAUAAAAAUUUCAGUUUAUUUGCAAAUGGUUCUUAUUUGGUUUCAUGGAGUGUUACAAGAGAAGAAUGUGAAGAUGUGGGUGAUUUUUUUUCUCUCUUUUUUUGAGCAAAAAAUAAAAUUAGGAAGUUAUUGUGAA